CUCGCUGCAGACAUCAUGAUAGCGACAGGAUUUGUAAGCGGACGAAAUAUUUUUCUAAGCGUACUUACUAUUACGGCAUUGUCAUGGAACCCCGCUGACGGAGAACCGCUCAACCUGACCCUCUAUUACGAAGGGCUGUGUCCCGACUGCCACGAAUUCAUUCUUGGCCAACUGUGGCCAACGUUCGGAAAGCUCGAAGAGUACCUCGAGUUGGAUCUCGUGCCUUUCGGCAAUGCUCACAUGAAGGUGUCCAACGGAACGAUCACCUUCUACUGUCAGCACGGUCCAGACGAGUGCUUUGUCAAUCAAGUUCAAACCUGCGCCGUCAAGUACGUGCACCCGCAGAGAAAGCUCCUGGACUUCGUCGCCUGCAUGCUUCGCCAGGACGAUCCGACCCAAGCAGGCGAGCCGUGCGCUCGGAAGGUGGGCACGGACUGGGCGGUCCUGGACCGGUGCCGUCGAGGACCCGAGGGCACCCAGCUCCUGUACGAAAUGGGCAAGCGAACGCGGGAGCACCAGCCGCCCAUCCAAUAUGUGCCGUACGUGGAGAUUAACGGAUAUCACAACGAAACCAUGCAGAGUAUGGUGGAGGAAGAUUUGUUUCACUUCGUCUGCAAGCUUUUGGAGCCCUC